GUAGGGAUUGCCAUGCAGCUGAGGCUGAAGUGGCUAAUCAUAACUGGCGCUGAAGGCUUGCGACGUCUGCCAUUUGAAGAAGAUCAAGUGUGAUGCAAAGGUGCCUGAAUGCUCGCAUUGUAUCUUGUACAAGGCGAAAUGUACCUACACACCACAAUUGCAGAGGCCCAAAAAGAGGCAAAAAGUACGGGAAAGUACACCCGAGGAUUUCGGGCAUCUCGAGGGCCGCCUAUCUCAAGUUGAAGCAAUGCUCAAGGCUGGUGAUCAAAGGGUUACCAUCGCAGCCGUCAAUUGCCAUUCGGUCAACCAAAGACAGAAACCCCAGGAUAUCACGCUCAAAGGAGCGGUGCAACAUAAACCAUCCAUUGACAUGCGUUUACACCCAGUUCCGGAUGCGCUGCCAGUCCCAGCGCUACCAGGAUAUGAUCUGCCGGAACUCCACGUCGUACUCCCCAUCGUCGAGACCUACUUCGCCUGCUUCAACAGCAUGGUGCCUCUCUUUCAUGAAGGCAGAUUUAUGCGCAUGCUAAUGAGGUGGUACAACAUCUCGCAUACACGAUUCCCUGCCCCUUUUGCUGCGAUCAAUGUUGUCCUGGCGUUGUCUCUUUGGCAGGACUCUUCUACAAAGUCUCCAGACGACGACCGUCUUAUGCGCCAAUUCAUCCAGAAUGCCCAGUCGGUCUUGUGCAACUUGGUGACGCGAGAUCAAGAUCUGUUGGGGAUCCAGGCUGUCUUGGGUCUGGUCAUGCUGUUUAUAGCAGGACCAAACCCCCGACCAGCCGCAACACUGAUCGCGAUUGCAUUUAAGUUGGCUCACCGACUGAGGCUCCAUACCAGAUCUAGCAGAGAGAUGUUCGACGACAGCACGGCUCUGGAAAGAGAUCGGGUCUUCUGGAUCAUGUAUGUGCUUGACAGGGAAAUGAGUCUCCGUCUCAGGGAUCCCUACCUCCAGCAAGACGACGACAUGGAUGUCGCUCUCCCCGAAUUCAAAGAUCUCAAUGACAAAUCAAGCAUAAUUUUUGCAGGUGACGGUCAGACGUGGCUCAACUUUCUCCUCUGUCGGACUGAUCUUGCACGCAUUCAAGCUCGGAUGUACCACGGCAUCUACUCCGUCCGGGCGGAGAAAUCUACAGUCGACGAGCGAGAAGCUGCAAUGGCAGAUUUAGAUUCCAUGGUGCAUGAAUGGAAGCAAUCAAUUCCCCUGCAGUUUCAGCCGGACAUGCUCUCGGACCGAUCCUUCGGCACAAAUCUACGGUAUCUGGUACACUUGCAUUUUAUUUAUUACCACUGUUAUUACCUGGCCCAUGGUAUCUAUGCGCAUGACCCGGAAUGGAUGCGACGAGUGACGACCUACAGCGACAGGUACUCGGGUCGAGCUGCUCUCAUCUCCGACACGCCUUGGCAGGAAUCACCAUUGCCAACGACCUGGGUGCAAGAUCUAGAGACCGCAAGGGAGUGUAUGAGAUUGUUCAAGGUCGUGCACAAGCAGGAUCUGGCACUGCUCGGACAAAUCUCCUGUGUCUAUCUGACGUCCAUGGUCAUCCUUAUCAUCAACAAAUUGACAAUAUAUGAGUUGCCAUUGCAUAGUCACCUGGAGUCGGACGAUUUGUUGAUUGACGAGGGCCUCGUAUACCUGGACAGAAUUGCUGGGGCCAUGGACAGUGACGGGCUCCGUAGCCUGUACAACGGAUGUCUCGAGCUGAAGUCUCGCGCGGCGAUCGCCAUGAUGAGUUACACCAGCCUUGAAAAUCUUUGGGUGCCGGAUCAGCCUACUUUUCCAUGGUCUAACACCCGAUCCAUGUCGGCAUUGUUCGAUGCCUUUGCGACGGCAGACAUCAAAGGUCCAGCAUCAUUCACCUAUGGCUCCGGUAUUUGGCCGCAAGAUAUGGCAAACCUCGUUGAUGCAGAAACAUGUGAAUGACGACAAUGUAACCGCGACGAGGUAUGGUUGGAAAUUGGAUUUCAGUUCGCAAAUUGUGCAAGCAGGAGAGGUGCUGUUGCUCGCAGACGUUUCGAAUACACCCACCUAACAUCAAGCACAUCAAGCACAUCA